AGGAGACAGACUUGUCAGACUUGUCACCCAGUAAAAUCCCUUGUCCUCCUUAUGCAAGAAAGGAAACCCUGACUGAAACACAAAGCCACAGGACACGUUAAUAUUAUAAUGUCUUAGGGUGGCACUUCCUAAAAAACAGAAAAAGAUUCAUUUCCCUUGAAUCUUACCAGCAAGACUCAGAAACUGACGAGAGGAGAGAGAGAGGGAAAGGGGGAGAAAGGGAGGGAGAGAAUGAAUUCAUGCCAACCAUCUACAUCACAAGGCACAGAGAAAAGAUGCUUGUCUUCCCAAGUGCUCUUAUGGACUGUUGCUGGGGUCUCCAUGCUAGUGCUCAGUGCCUGUUUUAUCACCAGAUGUGUUGUGACAUAUCGUGUCUUUCAACUCUGUGAUGAGAAUAAGUUCCAGCUACAUGAGGCAUUCAUGGACUUCUCCUGCUCCAAUGAUGGAUCGGGUUCAGUCAAGAAUUGCUGUCCAUCGGACUGGGUACAUUUUCAAUCUAGCUGCUACUUCUUUUCUACUAACACCAUGUCUUGGGCAUCAAGUUUAAAAAACUGCUCCAACAUGGGAGCCCAUCUGGUUGUUAUCAACACACAGGAGGAGCAGGAAUUCCUUUUCUUUGUGAAACCUAAAAGGAGAGAGUUCUAUAUUGGACUGACAGACCAGGUGAAUGAGGGUCAGUGGCAAUGGGUAGAUGGAACACCUUUGUCAGAAACUCUCAGCUUCUGGGAUGUCGGGGAGCCCAAUAAUAUAGUGACAGUGGAGGACUGUGCCACCAUCCGAGACUCUUCAAAUCCCAGGAAAAAUUGGAAUGAUGUGCCUUGUUUCUUCAAUAUGUUUCGGAUUUGUGAAAUGCCAGAAAUAAAUGUCUCAAGCAACAAAAAAAUUCUCUAA